UUCUCUGCAUCACCAUUAUCUGGUGGAACUUCUCUGCAAAGAUUCCAGGUGCCAUGGCUAGAACUAGAACCGGUGGUUCCCGAACGAAGAAGAAAUCUUGUGACUGUUGCAAAAGAUACUUGGACCAUUUGGACGAGAAGAAUCAAAAUAUGAACUAUUUCCUUAGGCGUAUGACUGUCAAUUCUAAAUGUAGCAUGAUCGUGCCGAACAGAUUUCUGAAUCAUUUCGCUGGAAAGUUGUCAGGAACCAUCAAGUUAAAAUCCCCUAAUGGUAGUCUAUAUGAUGUUGAAAUUACGGAGCGCUUUAAUAAAGUGGUGCUCCGACAUGGAUGGGAGGCAUUUGUUGAUGCUCAUCAUAUAGAAGAGAAUGACUUCUUGCUGUUCCGUCACAUUGAGAAAUCUUGUUUUGAGGUUUUGAUCCUAGAUUCUGAUGGAUGUGAGAAAGUGUUUUCCUGUACUGGCAUACAAAACACUUCAUGUUUUAAGGAAAGAAGUGUGGAUUCUGUUGAUAUUUCAAGCAGCUCUCAUCAUAAGACCACAGACUCAUCAGAAAGUGAAAGAUUUUCUAGGUAUCAGAAGGGUAGCUCCUGUCCUCAUGGAAAAACUGCAAAGAUGGGUGCAACAUCCUCGUCAUCCGAGGAGUCAGGAGAAGAUAUUCCAUCUGAAAACAAAUAUUUUGAGUCGGAUGAUCUUCAGAUACCCCUAGGGGCUGAUUAUGUUUUGUCACAAAGAAGUUAUCUAUCGAAAGCACAAAAGGCGAGAGUAAUUGCGCUUAUACAGGAAAUUCAACCUGAAAGUACUGUUUUUGUAGCAAUCAUGCGGAAGAGCCAUGUUCAACCACCUAGUCCUUGUCUGGCUAUUUCCAAGGAAUAUGCAUUUGCACAUUUUCCACAUGAAAGCACGAAUGUCACACUUCAGAGACCAGGCAAGAGCAAGAAGUGGCAUCCCGAAUUCUACAAACGAAAAGAUAUAAGUAUGUACAUGCUUAGGGGACAGUGGUUAGACUUUGUCCAUGACAAUCAUGUGCAGGAGGAAGAUAUCUGCCUCCUUUUACCGACAAAAGGUGGGAGAAGAUUCACAUUUGUGGUCUAUCUACUUCGCGCAACAGCAUCUCAUGCCAGGAAUGGAAUUGGUUAUCAUAGGACUGGGUCAUGGCAUGGUCGAUCAAGUACAAAGAUGGCUUCAGCAGUCCAUAUUAAGGAGGAACCAACCGAUGAAGAACAUGUUUCCUCAGAAAGUGACAAGCAUGGAUCUCACAAAUCUCUGGAGAACAAGGACUUCGGUGGUCCUUCUGAGCCUCCCUACAUUUUACCAUGCAAGAGCCGUCUAUCUCAAUCCCAAAAGAAGAUAGUUGAAGAGAAAGUACGAGCUAUCAAAUGUGAAGUUCCCAUUUAUGUAGCAAUCAUGAACAAGAGCAGUGUCAAUCAUCGCCACGAGCUAGAAUUGGGUGCACGAUAUGCUGCUGCAAAUCUUCCAUAUAGAAGGCAAACUGUAGUACUACGCUGCAGGUCGAAGACAUGGAAAACCCAGAUGGUGAUUCGUAACGGCAGCAGAUGGUUCCUUUCUGGAGGUUGGUCCACAUUUGUUCGUGACAACAGUCUGCAAGUCGGCGAUAUCUGUCUAUUCGAACUGAAGAAGAACGAGAGGAAGCUUACGAUGACGAUCCAUAUCAUUCUCAGUGAGCAGUUUUAGUUUGCAUUAGAAGAAAGUGGUGUCCCCUGCUCUUUGUGCUGGUACUCCAUGGCUUAUUGUUCUUGUUUUGUAGUCUCAAAUUAAUCCAUGGUUGUGGCUGAUCUCCCGAAGGAGUUAAAGACAGUUUCUCAUGAUGUUCCAUCAG